UGUAAUCCGAAUUUUAAGUAAUCAAGUACCAUGCACCAAAAAAGCUUACCAAAGUAUAUUUGACGGUAGUUGUAGCGAGAUCGGAGUUAUUAUAUUCAAUAUUUAGACUACGAUUGUUGGAGUUUUCAAGUCAAUAGUCUGGCAAUAUGGAGUACAACAACAUUGGCCGUGCCAAAGAGGCCAGUAAGGAGGAAGAGACAGGAGAUCAAGUAAAUGUUAUUUUUUACACUCUCCCAAAAUACCGAUUCACAAUCUUGAUGCAGGUGCUCCUUGUUCUUGACCUGGCGUCAUCAGUUACUCUAUGGUUAUGUGGCGGCAACACCAAGUACAUGGAAGACCAUGUUACUAACUUUACUAUAAGAGACAGCGUCAUUGACUUGGCAGUUUUGUCCUUCAUUAGAUGUGGUUUGCUAUUCUUCAUAUAUGGCUUCCUAGAGAAUAUUUCCUUGAAGCAGAUUGAUCAUCCAUAUGAAUCUUCAUUGUCAACUAAGAAAUGUAUCUGGCAUUUUAUUAUUCUUUUCUUUAGCAUUGGGUCUCUAGCUUUUAGUAUUACUAAAGGGGUAUUGAUCUACAACGUGAGAUCUGACAGUGCUCAUCAUCUUCACUCAACGUAUUAUGCGUUGGUCAUCAGUGCUCUUUGUUUCUGUUUUCUGGAGUCGGUUGGUGCUGUCUUGAGCUUCCAUGCCAUGCGCAAGUUAAAGAUCAUGCGUAUCUUACUUACACCAAAUGACAAGGAAAAUGAAGAAAAACCAAAGAAAAAAGUCAGCCUGGGCCGACUGGCUACCCUUACGAAACCU